AUGCCGACCCCCGGACCAUCCUCCACCAUCAUAUACCGAGCAGCUCUACGAGAUACUUCAUUCGACCCCAACGACCUUCCUCCGCUUCAGUAUCCUCCUACACCAACGCCUCCAUCUGUUCCCCCGAAAGAGAUCAUCGACGUCGAUGAUCCUACUCAACCAUGGAAUCAACCUUUAGGCUCUAAACUAAACCCAAUUUGGGUUCGCGACUUUAUCUCCCGCCUUCGUCAAAUUGGAAUUCCGACAUGCAACCUCUGCCGAAAGACGGGUCACCUUGCUAGCCGAUGCAAGGGCAAAGGUAAACUCCAGGAGUAG